AUGGGCAAUCGCUUCUUCUUCUUAGUGGAUGCUUCAACUUUAAAGAAAGAGGUUGUUGAAGGUGUUGACCUCAUGGUAGUGAGGGAGCUUAUAAGAGGUAUUUAUUUUGGAAAACCAAGGGGGUUUGGCACAAAUGAAAAUGGUGAUGAGAUUGGUUUCAACACUGAGGUCUAUGCAACCUACGAGAUUGAUCGUAUUGCUCGUGUUGCAUUUGAGACUGCUCGGAAGCGGGGUAGGAAACUCUGUUCUGUUGAUAAAGCAAAUGUUUUGGAGGCAUCAAUGCUUUGGAGGCAAAGAGUAAUGGCGAUAUCCUCAGAGUACCCUGAUGUUGAACUCUCCCACAUGUAUGUUGACAAUGCUGCAAUGCAGCUUGUUUGUAAUCCAAAACAGUUUGACACAAUCAUAACGAACAAUAUAUUUGGUGAUAUUUUAUCGGACGAGGCUUCAAUGAUCACAGGAAGCAUUGGGCUGCUUCCAUCUGCUAGUCUUGGUGAAGCGGGACCUGGAUUAUUUGAACCCAUACAUGGGUCUGCUCCUGAUAUUGCUGGACAGGAUAAAGCAAACCCUUUAGCAACAGUGCUCAGUGCUGCCAUGCUUUUGAAGUAUGGCUUAGGGGAAGAGAAGGCCUCCCAGAGAAUUGAGACUGCAGUGUUGGAUACUUUGAAUAGGGGGUUUCGCACUGGUGAUAUAUAUUCGGAAGGAAACAAAUUGGUUGGAUGCAAGGAGAUGGGCGAAGAGGUGCUGAAUUCGAUAAGUCCUAAAAUUCCAGCCGCUGUAUGAAUUGAAAAAAAUAGAUUAGCCCUACGAGAAGAUGCUGAUUUAUUCCAACAGUUGUUUGCAAUGAUUUUGAGAGCGACGCAUUUUUGGUGCUCAGUUGAAAUAUGCUACUUGGAUUUUGUUCCAGAUUAUAGCAAGAUUCUCAGAAGUUCCUCUUAUGUCUCAUCCUUUUGUUUCUGUCAAUUGUCUGCGGAAUUUUAGUAUUAUAAGGCCAGCAAUUUUAAGUGCUGUUUUUUUGGUUAUUGGUUUUGUCCUUGAAUAUAUAUUUAAAACCUUUAUUUGCUGGCAAGGGAUGUUGUAAUAUGGAAAUAAUAAUAUGCAAAGAUAAUUCGAAUUUA